UGAAGAAUGAUUUAUAUGUCAUUUCAUCCGUAUUGUAAGAUCAUCUGUAGAAAAUAUGGAUCCUCGCCUCAGUGCCCAGGAUGUGAUCAGAUGUGAUAUCUGUGAGACAGCUGAAGUACAGAUGUAUUGUGAUUUCUGUCAUGUCAAACUUUGUAAACCAUGUAUUGGAGAACACAUUGCUGAUGAAUACGAAAAACAUAAAAUUGUCCUAUUCCAAAAAAAGAAAUCCACCUUGAUUUAUCCAAAGUGUGCAACACACCCAACCAAAACUUGUGAUUUACAAUGCAAGGAAUGCGACAUUCAUGUUUGCCCUUCAUGUUUUACCUCAAGUCAACAUAAAGGGCACAGUUUUUUAGAACUCUCCGAAAUAUACAACUCAAAGAAAAAAGAUAUCGCAAAAGAUACAGAGGAAUUACAACACAUUAUUUCUCCAACAUACGAAGAAAUCACAAAUGAUCUAGAAACACAGAUAGCUAAUUUUGAAGGAGAAUAUAAGAAACUUAAAACAGCAGUGACAGAAUAUGGAAAACAAUGGCACAGAGAAAUUGACAAUGUCAUCAUUGCCAUGAAGAAAGAAAUAAAAAGUUUAAAAAGAAAACACUUUGACAUUCUCAAGAAACAUACAGAUGAAGUAAAGCAAAUACAGUCCCUUAUUGAACAAACUCUGCAAAACCUAAAGGAAAUUGAAGAAUCAAAUGAAGUGUCCUUGACCUUUCAAUACAGCUCCAGAAACAAAGAAUUUAGCAAACUUCCUCCCAAGGUCCAAAUAUCACUGCCAAUGUUUAAUCCAAAACCAGUAAAUGGAGAACAGAUUUACAAGUUGUUUGGAUCUCUUGCAUCUUUAUCUACCACAACAGAAGAAAAUGGCUACAAACUGAAAAAACCAGAAACAUCAAACAGAGAACUGCUGGAAGAACCAGAACUUAUCACUACUAUGGAUACUGGGUAUGAAAAACUCCGCUCUGUUGCCUGUCUCAGUGAAGAAGAAAUCUGGACAAGUGGACUAGUCAUGAGUGAUAUGAAAUGCUUUAACAUUCAAGGCUCACUUAUCACUGCAAUCAAAACAAAGUCAGGAGAGAGACCAGGUGAUAUAGCAGUGACAAGUGAUGGGGAUCUAGUGUACUCUGAUGGGGCAACAGGGACUGUGAAUAAAAUAAAGAAUGGACAGACAGAGGAGAUGAUCAGAUUACAGGGCUGGGUACCAUUUAAUCUCUGUGUCACCUCCUCUGGUGAUCUCCUGGUUACCAUGUUCAGUGUUGAUCAAACACAUUCAAAAGUUUUACGUUACUCAGGCUCCACAGAAAAACAAACAAUCCAGUUUGAUGAUGAGGAUAAACCUCUGUAUUCGGGAAAUAACAAAAUCAAGUACAUCAAUGAAAACAGAAACCUGGAUAUCUGUGUGGCUGACAAUGGAACUGGUGCUGUAGUGGUGGUCAACCAGGCUGGUAAUCUGCGAUUUAGAUACACUGGUCAUCCUUCUACUACCAAGGACAAACAAUUUAAACCUUUUGGCAUCACGACAGACAGCCAGAGUCAGAUCCUGACAUCAGACUAUCAUAACCACUGUAUCCACAUUCUAGACCAGGACGGACAGUUCCUCCGUAAUAUAGAUGACUGUGAUCUGCAGAAUCCAUUUGGUUUAUGUGUGAAUAAAAAUAAUUUGUUUGUUGCUGAGACUUCCACAGAAACUAUGGAUCCCCGCCACAGUGCCCAGGAUGUGAUCAGAUGUGACCUUUGUGAGACAGCUAUAGUACAGAUGUACUGUGAUUUCUGUCACGUCAAUCUUUGUAAACCCUGUAUUGGAGAACACAUUGCUGAUGAAUAUACUAAACAUCAUAUUGUCCCGUUCCAACAGAGAAAAUCAACCUUGAUUUAUCCAAAGUGUGCAACACAUGAAACCAAAUCUUGUGAAUUAAAAUGCAAGGAAUGUGACAUUCCUAUUUGUUCUUUAUGCUCUGUAUCACAGCAGCAAAAAGGACACAAUUUCUUAGUUCUCGGAGAAAUAUACAACUCAAAGAAAAAUGAUAUUGCAAAAGAUACAGAGGAAAUACAAAACAUUAUUUCUCCAACAUACGAAGAUAUCACAAACGAUCUAGAAAAACAGAUAGCUAACUUGGAUGGAGAAUAUGAGAAACUUACAACAGCAGUGACAGAACAUGGUGAACAAUGGCACAAAGAAAUUGACAAUAUCAUCAAUGCCAUGAAAAAAGAAAUUGAUGAUUUAAAAGAAAAACACUUUGACAUUCUUAAAAAACAUGCAGAAGAAGUGAAACAAAUACAGUCCCUUAUUGAACAAACUCUGUUUCACUUGAAGGAAAUUGAAGAAUCAAAUGAAGUGUCCAUGACCAUUGAAUACAGCUCCAGAAACAAAGAAUUCAGCAAACUUCCUCCUAAAAUUCAGGUAUCACUGCCAAUGUUUAAUCCAAAACCAGUAGAUACAGAACAGAUGAACAAGUUGUUUGGAUCUCUUGCACCUCUAUCUACCACAACAAAAGAAAAUGGUUACAACCUGAAGAAACCAGAAACGUCAAGCAGAGAACUACUAGAAGAACCAGAACUUAUCACUACUAUAGAUACUGGGUAUGAAAAACUCCGUAAUGUGACCUGUCUCAGUGAAGAAGAAAUCUUGACAAGUGGGAAAGUCAGUGAUAUUAAAUGCUUCAACAUGCAAGGUUCACUUAUGAAGACAAUAACAAAGAAAUCAUGGGGAGCACCAAAUGAUAUAGCAGUGACAGGUGAUGGAGAUCUAGUGUACUCUGAUUGGAAAACAAAGACAGUGAAUAAAGUAAAGAAUGGACAGACAGAGGAGAUGAUCAGACUACAGGGCUGGGUACCUAAACAUCUCUGUGUCACCUCCUCUGGUGAUCUCCUGGUUACCAUGUACAGUGAUGAUAGAACACAAUCCAAAGUUGUCCAUUACUCAGGCUUCACAGAGAAACAAACAAUCCAGUUUUAUGAGGAGGGUAAACCUCUGUAUUCAGGAAAUGACAGAAUUAAGUACAUCAGUGAGAACAGAAACCUGGAUAUCUGUGUGGCUGACUAUAAAGCUGGUGCUGUAGUGGUGGUCAACCAGGCUGGAAAACUCAGAUUUAGAUACACUGGUCAUCCUUCUACUACAAAAACCGAACCAUUUGUACCCCAUGGUAUCACAACAGACAGCCAGAGUCAGAUCCUGACAGCAGACUACCAUAACCACUGUAUCCACAUCCUAGACCAGGACGGACAGUUCCUCCGUUAUAUAGAUAAUUGUGAUCUGAAGAAUCCAUUUGGUUUAUGUGUGUAUAAAAAUAAUUUAUUUGUUGCUGAGUGGAAAGGGAAGGUUAAGAAAAUUAAAUAUUUGGAAUAGACAUCUUUGUAUAUAACUAAAUAUAUGUUUGUGUAUAUCAUUAUGCUGUCAUAAUGGAUCUAUUUUGUAAAUAAAAUUAUUUCAUUUUU